AUGGCGGAAAGUCGACGCGAAGUGGGAGACGGAGCAGUGUGGUCGCUAUCUUCAGCUAAACCAGGCAACGGCGUAGAUCAGCUACGUGAUAACAACACGGACACAUACUGGCAGUCUGACGGCAUGCAGCCGCACGUUAUAAGUAUUCAGUUUCCUCGCAAGAUGACUAUCAAAGAGGUGGCACUUUAUAUGGACUAUAAGCUGGAUGAGAGUUAUACUCCAAAGAAAAUUGUCAUUCUCAGCGGCUCAACGGUGCACGACCUGAAAGAGAUCAACGUGCAGCACUUUGCAGAACCUGACGGCUGGGUUUUCAUCCCGCUACACGUGAUGGACGGAUCGAAGCAGGCCCCUCUGCGCACAUUUUUCUUGCAAAUCGUGAUUCUCGCUAUGCACCAAAACGGACGCGACACGCACAUCCGACAGGUAAAAAUCUACGCACCGCGCGAAACCCAAAUGCUCGACUGGUCAAUCUCAGAAUUCACUACGCCACAGUUUGCAGCAUACUCCUGUAUACGCUAA